AUGUCGGAUUAUUUGAGAAAAAUAAUUCUGAACAAGGCCUGCACACGUCCCAACGGUGCAAGCAUUAGGAUCGGACAAACGUACCCGGACGACUGUAACACGUGUACGUGUAGAGAUGACGGCUCUAUCUCCUGUACCGAACGGCCGUGCUUCUGCACAAGUCCCAGCAAUCAGAGAAUUGAUGUUGGCAAUAAUUACCCAGAUGACUGUAACACGUGUACGUGUAGAUCAGAUGGAACCUUCGACUGUACAACCAAAGUUUGCAGUUGUACAUUUGGAGGUCAGCAAUACCGAAUCGGAGCUGAUUUCCCCAACGACUGUAACACGUGUACCUGUAACGAAGGUGGCAAUGUUGUUUGUACCCAGAAAGCUUGUUGGUGUGAUUUCGAAGGACAAAGUUAUCGAAUCGGGGCAUCGUUUGCCAACGACUGUAACACGUGCAACUGUAAUCGAGGUGGAAAUGUUGUCUGCACCCAAAAAGCCUGCUUUUGCACACGGCCGAAUGGACAGCAAAUCAGAAUACAGAAUACGUACGUGGAUGACUGCAAUACGUGCACAUGCAGAGAAGAUGGCACCAUCUCAUGUACUCAGAGGGCUUGUCGCUGUACAAAACCGGACGGUUCGACUGUACGAAUUGGAGGAACCUACGCCGAUGACUGUAACACGUGCACGUGUAGAACAGAUGGAACUAUUGAUUGCACCAAGGAUAUCUGCAGAUGUACAUUUGGCGGCCAGGAGUACCGAAUCGGAGACUCUUUCCCCAACGACUGCAACAGCUGUACUUGUCAAAGAGGAGGCAAUGUUGCCUGCACUAGAAAAGCUUGUGGAUGUACAUUCGGCGGCCAGGAGUACCGAAUUGGAGAUUCUUUCCGCGACGACUGCAACGACUGCAUUUGCGAAAGGGGCGGCAAUGCUGCCUGCACGAGAAAAGCAUGUGCCUGCACCUUUAGGAACGCCACCUACAGGAUCGGACAGGACUUCACUCUGGAUUCUUGUGCUUUUGAGGGAAAGUCAUACCGACAUCAGGAAUCAUUCACACAGAGUUGUAAUACCUGUACUUGUGAUAACGGAAAAGUUACCUGUACGGAGAAAAUUUGUGAAUGUACACUCAAUGGCGCAUCUUAUAAGGUUGGACAAAAAUUCUCUGACUCGUGUAACGAGUGCACAUGCUUGGAGGAUGGAUCAGUGUCAUGUACUUCCAAUUCCUGCGAAUGCGAUUACCAUUAUAAAAAGUACAAAUCUGGGGAAACAUUUAGAGAUGGCUGUAAAAUGUGCACAUGUGGGGAUGACCAAAAAGUUACCUGCCAUACCAGGGAUUGUGAAUCCGUGUGUACUUACAAGAACAGAGAGCUGAUCCCGGGAGAGAGAUUCUAUGAUGGAUGUAAAUACUGUGAGUGUUGGCGAAAUGGAGAGAUUACCUGCGAUACGAAAACCUGUCCAACUCAGUGUACUUACCGAGGCGCCAAACAUGCCGUGGGGACGUCAUUUAAAGAUGCGUGUAACACAUGUUCUUGUAACACCAACGGACAGGUCGCAUGUACCAAACGGGCAUGUGCUCCACAAGUGUGUUUCUACAAGAACCGCCAGGUGGCGUAUGGUGCGGUGUUCAAGGACAACUGUAGAACUUGCGUUUGUGGAGGAGGCCAGGGUGUGACGUGUUCGCCCAAGACUUGUCCAUUGUGCAUCUACAAGAGUAAAGUGUUUGAAGUUGGUAGCACUUUCACGGAUGGCUGUAAACAAUGUUCUUGCGGAGCGACCAAAUCUGUUACCUGUAACGUGGCCAGUUGCUCGGGUAAGGUUUUCUAA